AUGAUUAAUGAAGGUGAAUAUUCACAAACAUCGAAGUUUGAAUAUGAAGAGCAAAAAAUUGAAAUGGAAUAUGUUCAUUUCGUGAAUCUUAGAGAAGAGAUUGACGAUACAAGUUCUAUAAUGCCAUGUACGACAGUAAACCUAAAAUUAUAUCCAUAUUCAAAUGAUAUAGACAUUUCCGAUUGUAAAUUUUGUAAUAGUGGAAGCCUCAUAAUGAGUGCAAGAUAUAAAGAAGAGAUAAUGUAUCUUAAAGCUUCAUUAAUUAAUUCAAAUAAGCAAAGCUGGACGAUUAAUAAUUCAAUUUUCUGUGGAAAAGACAAAGAUGCAAGGCAUCCUUACUUAAUAAAGAACGAUGAAAAGAAAAUGCUUUUUGAUAGAUCUCAUCCUUAUAUUGACGAAAUAUGGUACUUGAUUUGGUGUAGCUGCAUUUUCAAUAAAGAUUUUACGUUACUUGCAGUACACUUAGAAACACCAGAAGUAGGAGGUAUUAUUUACGUUUAUUCGGCAGAAAAUUCGAUUCUUUUAUCGCAAUGCCAAAUUGAAACUGAUAAAAGAUUACAUGAUUUUAAAUUUAUUUCAUCCAAUGAAGCGGAAAGAUUACUUUUGUUUUAUAAAGAUACACUUGAUGUAAGAGAUCCUUACAAUCUUCAACAUGAUGUCAUCAACGAUGAAUAUAUUUCAAAUCUGUUUACAGAACUUUUAAAUGAAAAAGAUUCAACAACAAUAAAUAUUUUGAAUGCAGAUUUUAAAACAUUGAUAGAUGAAAAAAUAUAUUGCAUACCAGAUGGAUAUUUAUGGAUUCAAAAAGUUUCUAAAAAACAAUGGAUCAAAUAUUUAAAGGGAAAGCUACAAGAUUUUAAUCAAAUGAGAAUUCUACCUAGCAAAUCUCAAAUAGAAAAAAUUUUGCAAAGACUUUUAAAGGAAAAUGAAAAUUAUGAGAUGGAGGAGACUAAAUUGUACGAAGGAUCAUUCGUGAAAUGGGAAGUAAAUAGCAAGGAAAAAGAAAUAAAAGCUUGGAAAUUUAAUUCGAAUACUUGGGAAUAUGUAGACAGUGUAAAAUUAGAAGAUAUUAGUUUAAAAUAUCAAAAAAAAAAUACAUGGUAUAUUAAAUCAAUAAUGACGCAUUUUUAUAUUUGUGAUUUGUUGCAUAAUGAUGAUUUAGCAGUAAUUGCAAGUUCCGGCUUAUUUAUAUGGUCAAUUUGGAAAAAAGACAAAAUUAGACUACUAUAUUAUAUAAUUGACGAGGAUUUUGAGAGCUUUAAAAACUUGUUUAAAAACCAAAUAAACCUUACAAAUUUAUUGGAUAAAAUAAUAAAGUAUAAAAAAAUUUCAUUACCUGCUCCAGAUUUUGAUUUUCUUAUUUAUUAUAAAAAAACGGAAACGGAAAAUAUAUUUUUUAAAAAAUUUUUAGAUGAAUUACUGGAUGAUUACAUUGAAGAUAAUAUAUUAAUGAAAUUAUAUGGGCAAGAACUUCUAAAGUGCUGUUUAAAGUUUCAACAUUAUUCAUUAGCAGAGAGAUUAUGUAAUAAAAUAUGCAAUGAAACAAAUUUAAUGAAAUUACAUGGAGGUGAAUUUUUAAAGAGUUUUUUAAAGCCUCAAUACUAUUCAUUAGCAGAGAAAUUAUGUAGUAGAAUAUUUAAAGAAACAGAAAAAGAGAACCUUUUAGAGAAAAUUCAAUUUUUAGGAAUUUUUACAUUUUCAUUUGUAGAAUUAACACAAUUUCCUCAAUUAUUAAACCGAUUUUUAUCUUAUACUUUAUUUAUUCAUUCAACCAAUAGCUAUGAAGAAAUUAAAUUGAACAAAUUUUCUUCAAAACCAUAUCUUCAGAAUCAUAUACAAUAUUUACAACCUUCUUUUACUAGUAAUAUUAAAAGAUAUUUACAACUUUCUUUUACUAGAAAUAUUAAUGAAAAGAUUAAACAUCUUUUUACUUUAUUGAUUUCUAAAGAUUCUACUCAAGUAAUUAUACAGAAAGAAAUAGAACGAAUAUUUUAUAAAGAAUUUCAAGUUAUAGUUUUAAUUUUUCCAUUACCAAAGUUUAGUUCUUAUACUCUUGAUUAUAAUUUUUGUAAAGAGUUGAUUUUUCCUAAACCUAGUAUUUUUUCUAAGCAUCAAUUUCCUGAACUUUAUAAAUAUUGGUGUGGUGAAGCUCUUCUUAAUUUUAAGUGGAAUGCCUAUGGAAAAUAUUAUUUUUUUGCUAUUUUCAUUUUUUACCUUAUUUUUAUGCUCAGUUUUCUAAUAGUUGCUACAAUUGAAGGAUUAUCAGAUAAUAUACAAAAUUUAUUGUUAAUUGCAAAUAUUAUUUUUGGAGUUUUGCAUCUUACCUUUGAAAUUCGGCAAUGCAUUUUUUCUCCUUUAUCUUGGAUUACUGAAAUUUGGAAUUAUUUUGUCACUAAAAUACAAAAUGAUAACUGGGAUGAUGAUACUAUUGAAGCACCAUUUCUUCCUAAGUCGCUAUUAAAAAUCAUUGGUAAAGCUGAAGAUAAAGAUGCGAUUCAAAACUUAACCGAUGAAAAAAUGAUAAUCCAAAAAUUAGAGGAAACUGAAAGAAUAAUUCAAGAGCUAAAAAAUAUUCUUGAAAUAAAGGUUGAAUAA